GCAGUAUCGUAAAUUCGGAAAGCCAUUGAACUGGUAAGAAAACCUGCUUGAUAGCCUGCCUGACACGAUUCGCUACUGCCAGCCCUUCAAAGAAACCAGAUUCAACGAUGUCGUUUCAGCUACCCACAUUAAACCUAAGGAAAAUCAGCUCAGCCUAAUAAUUAAUAAUUAAUAAUUAAUAUAUAAAUAAAUAAAAUAGAGUUAUGAGCUCUUAACUUAAAACCUUCUAAAACCUUCCAGAGUUCCACACUGGUGUGGUUCGUUCUCUCUCAAAAACCCUAAACCCUAACCAUUUCGUCUCCUUCAAGUCAGCCAUGGCCACUGCUGCGUUGCUUCGAUCCAUUCGAAGACGGGAUGUUGCUUCCGUUCCUCUCUCUGCAUACAGAUCUUUCACUAGCACUGCCAAGCCAUCUCAUCUCGGCCAGAAGUGGUCAACCUUGGUGAGACCUUUCAGUACAAAACCUGCUGGACAAGAUGUUAUUGGUAUUGACUUGGGUACUACCAACUCUUGUGUUGCUGUUAUGGAGGGCAAGAAUCCCAAAGUUAUUGAGAACUCGGAAGGAGCUCGUACCACACCAUCAGUUGUUGCAUUUAACCAGAAAGGAGAACUACUUGUUGGUACUCCAGCAAAGCGUCAGGCUGUGACCAAUCCAACUAACACUAUCUUUGGCACCAAGCGUUUGAUUGGAAGACGGUUUGAUGAUGCUCAAACACAGAAAGAGAUGAAGAUGGUUCCUUACAAGAUUGUUAAGGCCCCAAAUGGUGAUGCUUGGGUAGAGGCUAAUGGACAGCAAUAUUCCCCCAGCCAAAUUGGAGCAUUUGUUCUCACCAAAAUGAAAGAGACUGCUGAAGCUUACCUUGGAAAGAGUGUAUCAAAAGCUGUUGUCACUGUUCCAGCUUAUUUCAAUGAUGCCCAGAGACAAGCAACAAAAGAUGCUGGCAGAAUUGCAGGCCUUGACGUACAGAGGAUAAUUAAUGAGCCUACUGCAGCUGCACUUUCUUAUGGAAUGAACAACAAAGAAGGUCUUAUAGCAGUUUUUGAUCUUGGAGGUGGGACAUUCGAUGUCUCCAUUUUAGAGAUAUCUAAUGGUGUAUUUGAGGUGAAAGCAACAAACGGUGACACAUUCUUGGGAGGAGAGGACUUUGACAAUGCUUUGUUGGAUUUCUUAGUGAGUGAGUUUAAGAGGACCGAGGGUAUUGAUCUUGCGAAAGAUAGGCUUGCACUGCAAAGACUUCGAGAGUCAGCUGAGAAGGCCAAGAUUGAACUCUCAUCGACUUCUCAAACUGAGAUAAAUCUACCAUUUAUUACAGCUGAUGCUUCGGGUGCCAAACAUCUUAAUAUUACACUAACCAGAUCUAAAUUUGAAACAUUAGUGAACCACUUGAUUGAGAGGACCAAGGCCCCAUGCAAGAAUUGUUUAAAGGAUGCAAAUAUAUCCAUCAAGGAAGUGGAUGAGGUUCUACUUGUUGGAGGAAUGACCCGUGUUCCCAAGGUGCAAGAGGUUGUUACAGCAAUUUUCGGAAAGAGUCCUAGUAAAGGAGUAAAUCCUGAUGAAGCUGUAGCCAUGGGAGCUGCUCUUCAGGGUGGUAUUCUUCGUGGUGAUGUUAAGGAGCUGCUUCUGUUAGAUGUCACCCCUCUGUCACUAGGAAUUGAGACGUUGGGUGGCAUUUUCACCAGGCUUAUCAACCGAAACACAACAAUCCCUACAAAGAAGAGUCAGGUAUUCUCAACUGCAGCAGAUAACCAGACUCAGGUUGGUAUCAAGGUGCUGCAAGGUGAGCGUGAAAUGGCUUCUGAUAACAAGCUUCUCGGUGAGUUUGAGCUUGUAGGUAUUCCACCAGCACCAAGAGGAUUGCCUCAAAUUGAAGUCACUUUUGACAUUGAUGCCAAUGGUAUGGUGACUGUCUCGGCCAAGGACAAGUCCACCGGAAAGGAACAACAAAUAACUAUCCGUUCAUCUGGAGGGUUAUCAGAAGACGAGAUUGAGAAGAUGGUCAGGGAAGCUGAAUUGCAUGCGCAGAAAGACCAGGAAAGGAAAGCUCUUAUUGAUAUCAGAAACAGUGCAGACACCACCAUCUACAGCAUUGAGAAGAGCUUAGCAGAGUACAGAGAAAAAAUUCCAGCUGAAGUAGCUAAGGAAAUCGAAGAUGCUGUUGCUGAUUUGAGGAAGGCGAUGGGAGAGGACAACGUUGACGAAAUUAAGGCCAAGCUUGAUGUUGCAAACAAAGCCGUAUCAAAGAUCGGGCAGCACAUGUCUGGUGGUUCUAGCAGCGAUUCUUCAUCAGGUGGUUCACAGGGUGGUGAACAGGCUCCUGAGGCAGACUUCGAAGAAGUCAAGAAAUGAGUACGUACGGCAAUACUUUUUCGGCUCUAAAUUUGUUAUCUUUAUAAAUUUAAACAUUGAAUUGUUUUUUAGGACGGCCAGUCCUAGCGGGGUUUUGUUGUAUCUAAAUGUUGGAGUACUGUUGAGUUUAUUUUGAUCCAUUUUAGCUAAUCAGGUCAAUCAUAAAAUUAGAUUCCCGCUCUUUGUUGAGAGAAACACUCGGAAGUUUUUUGGUGUUUAUAAUUUAAUUUUUUUGGGCAUGAA